CUGGGCAAAGAGAAGCCAAUGGGCAGGAUGGGGGCGGGCAGCGCGACACGCGCAUGCGUCGGGUCAGAGGUGGGGCUGGAGAUGGUGGCCGAGCCGGGCCAGAUCCGCCCACACCUGCUGGGUGCCCGUAGCCGGCGGCAGGGGCAGUGCAGCGGCUGUGCGCUCCGGCGGCGGGCAAUCACGAUGGCUUCAAGGAUUUUUAGAACGUAUUUACUGUACUGCGUAGUGUCUGCAUUCCUCUUUAUCUCUGCCUUAGCUGACAAUCAUGUAGAAGACAGUCAUCAAGGAAAUAUUCGCCUUGAUAAGAACCUAGUACAAGACAAAGAUCAUAUUAUGGAACACUUAGAAGGUGUAAUUGACAAACCAGAGUCCGAGAUGUCCCCACAAGAGCUACAGCUCCAUUAUUUCAAAAUGCAUGAUUACGAUGGCAAUAAUUUGCUUGAUGGAUUAGAACUUGCUACUGCUAUAUCCCAUGUACAUAAACAGGAAAGUGGUGAACACACUCAAGCAAUGAAAGAAGAGGAGCUAAUUAGUCUAAUAGAUGAUGUGUUAAGAGAUGAUGAUAAAAAUAAUGAUGGAUAUAUUGAUUAUGCUGAGUUCGCAAAAUCACUGGAAUAAGUGUUUUGAAUUUCUUCUAAAUGUGACCCAGUAUAAUGUGAUUCAUUACCAUCUCUGAUGAAAUGCUGACUGUACAAACCACCCUCCAUGCUGCAGUGUUGUAGUAGGAAGAUGUAUAUCUGUUCCACCUUAGUUCAUUUGUUUGUUCAUUUUGUUCGUUUGUUUGUUAAGAAGACUGCAUAAUUCAGAAUACCACAUUUGCUUAGAAGUGGACACUUAAUUCUUGAAGCAUAAAAUGUUAAAAAUGAUUGUGUGUACUUUAGUUUCAGUUGACAAACUUUUACAUACUAAGCAGUUUAAGGCUAUUGAGAGAUUAGACUAUUUUUCUCUAGCAUUUAAGAGUUCUGUUUUCAUUUAUAGAAUUCCUAGAAAGCAAGAAAAUGUGAACAUAAGAGUACAGUGGUGCAUCUGAAGAAAAAUCCUUCCUAACUCCACAUUAAGGUGAUAGAACUUUCAAAAGAGAACUUGCUUAUCAGUACAGAUGUUUGAAGCAUAGCCGAUGUCACACAAAACCAAAUUGUUCAGUUCAGUUUAGGCUUGAGCUUUACAUGAUACCCUAUGGACUUCAGUACUAUCUUUGCAGAAAUAAAAUCUUUUUAAAUGUA